UGAACCUCUAUCUUGACCGCAGUGGCUGAAAAUCCGAGAUGGGGGUUUGUGAAAGAUUCUACUCAGCUGGACAGGAAUGAAAUAGGUCUUUUUACAUUGGGUUUAAAGAAGUUAUGCUUUAAAAAAAAUUAUACUGAAGCAGUUAACCACAAAGCGGCACUGCUGAGAAUAGUUUUUUAUUUUUACGACUAAAUCUCGUAGCAACGGUUGACAUGACAACGACGCAAACCUGAAGUUGGAUGCUAACCGUUUAUUUCUGCCUUUAGAGGAAAAGCAUAACAAUGUCGCGAGACCCUUUUCCUUUCCCUAAAUACGACAACGAUCAGACUUUUUCCGGAAGUAAACCAUGCCAGAAGCCGCCAUUUAAAACCCCCACACACAUCGCUCAGAAUGAAGAGCCGUGGAGCCGCUUAAACGACAGCCAGACUUUAUCCAGCAUGAGGAGAAGUGUCCUGUACCAUAAAGAGGCCCAAAAAGACAGCCUGGACUUCCAUCUCAGCGCUUUCUACAAUAACCAUGUGGAUUUCCUUCUGAACAAGAACGAAACUUUGUUCCAGAAGGAGUCGCUGUUGAGAGACAAUAGGGGUAACGAUGACGAUGCUCAAAAAUGUAACGAUUAUAAUAUGAAAAUAAGAGUGUGGAUAAACCCCCAGAGGUAUUCCGUCCAUAGCAUCGAAGGGGCGAUAGAGUCUCACCAUAACGCGUCUACAAACAGAGGCUACUCCAGGAAGCAUGAUGGCGGAUUUUUCUCAAUUUAACACCAAAGUACCACUUUUUUCACUUGCAAGCUCCAAAGAAAUGACAUGACUUUUUCGGUAGUCGUUUAUUUCGAACUGAAAGCCACACACACACACACACACACACACACACUCUAGCUAACUAAAGGAACACUUAAACACACCUAGUGAGAGUUAUGGUGAAGAUCAGAAUCGCCUCUAUACUCAUAGACCAGUCGGGAAAGAUUGGAGGAAAUCCUCCAGACUCCCACCAGCGCUAGUAUAUCUGAUCAAUUCAUCAUUUCUAACCACAAUCUCCAUUGCGGUGCCCUGAAGCUGCUAUCCGGCUAUAAAGCCGCGACGCUCAUCGCCAUAGCGGCUAAAGCGAGUCUCUUCUCAUCACCUCUGAAUCCGAGCAGGGCAGCAACACGGAUCAGAUCAAAUAAGAUCAUGGUGUAGGUUUUUAAAUAGAGUCCUAAUUAAACACACAAAGACGCGCGCACACACAACUACAUUCACACAACACAAACACUCAAGCACAACACACUCACUCAGCAACACUCACGCAUUGGAGGUCGCUUCCGGGUCAGGGGUCUUUUAUAGCGCUCGGUUGCACUAGUAAAACAAAAAGUGAACAGCGCCUCCGUGCGGCCGGUGUGUGGUAUAAACAACGAUAU